UCAACUUCUACUUCUUAAUAGACCUACAUAUGGUCCUUGAUACUUAUUAAUUCCAUUGAUACAGCCGUGGCUAAUGCAAAAUCAUAUAUACUCAUUAGUCAACUACCAGCUGAUAUCUACGGAAAAUUUGUGGAGGAUAAAAGUUCAUCAUACAUGUCGGGUUUUACUUUUGUUGUUAUCGGCAUUAUUCGUCUUGGUGGAGGCAAGGUUACAGAAGAAAGUCUUUGGUAUCAUCUAAGGCGGUUGGGAUUGCAUGAAAAUGAGGAAAACCAUCCGGAUUUUGCAAACAUGAAACUGGCAUUAGAAGCACUUGUCCAGAAAAGAUAUCUUCAGAAAGAAAAACUCAGCAGCCCUGAAGGAAGUUCUCUAUAUUGUGAGCUUGCUGAGAGGGCUCUAGAUGGAACGAUUAAUGACAGAAUCAAACAAUAUGUAUCCCAGAUUGUGCAAAAAGAUGUCACCUCACUUGAUGCUGAUUAAAUUUCUUCUUUUGGUGGGAUUGUUUUUGUACAAGUUCACCUACCUAAAGAAGAGAUCUUUUGUCUAUAUUCUCAAACCAAUCCACAAUUGCUCUGGCCAUUUUUUUUGUGGGUGAUGGCAUAUAGUACAAUGUGACGAAUGUUAGCCAGUUUCAGAAACUGUGUAGCUAAUGAAGGAUUUGUUUUGUUAUUAAUCACCUCAGGAGAUUUUCAGUUAAAUUGUUUAUAUGAUGUAGCCGUUUGGAGUUGAAACUUGUUUAUGCUUGAUAGAACUGUAAUUUUUUCACGAGGUUAAAUUACUUGUUCUGUCUUUAGCAGGAAGACAUUCCCUAUCAUCGACUCUGCUGAUGGAACAAAAAUAUCACAUGAAUGAUAGUGCCAAAAUUGAUGAGGAAUUUUCCUUUAGGAUGUUUCAACUAAAAUGUGUAGAUGUCUGUUGUCGUUUCGUCGGUAGCUCUAGUUCAGGCUCAAAUGCUGCGAGGUGGAAUGUAUUGAUCUUUUACAUAUCGGCAGAACUGGGAAGUUCUGUAUAAUUCAAAUAUUCUCUUAUAUGAUUUCUGUGGUUGAGAAAUAUAAAUUUAUGCAUAUGAUGAACCUAAUUCAUCGUUAUUUCUUGUCAUUCCUUUUUCAUGAUAUUGCGGCAUCAUUAUGGAUAACAUUAGAAUGUCGACAAGGAAUAGAAGAAUGGAGUGAUAUUUCUUGGAUUUCGUCUGUUUUUUUCCUGAGGAUGGCGUCCUCUCAGGGGAUUCUGGCUAUUAAAAAUGAGGUUGCAAGAGCAAAUGAUGCAUGGCGUGUAUCACUUACAAAAAGCUUAAGGAACUUGCACCAUUGAGCUUAAAGGUUUUCUCAACAUCUGUAAGACGUCCUUCCUCCGCAAACGAUUACUGUGUGUGUGACUUGCGUUGAUGCCUGUACAGAUACAAGAAGGAAGGUUUCAAACUCUCGAGCAGUGCCUUAUACAUGAGUACAGAAUGUCCGAACAAGCAAUCUCCAGGUAGAUAAUCAGUGACUUCUGCGAGGAGAUAAACAACAAAACAAAUCCUUCAUUAACUACAGAGAGUUUCUCCAACUGUUUGACAUUCCUCACAUCACAUCACUUCCACCAUAUGCCAUCACCCACAAAAAAAUGGACAGAGCAAUAGUCGACCGGUUUGAGAAUA